AUGUUAAGAAAUAAGAAGCAAACAGAACAUUUGCCACCAAUGACCCAAAACCAGUUAUACAACUAUAGCGUGUGUAACAAAGCUUUUCACCAAGCCUUCGGCGGACAAAAAACAAGCCAUCGCAAGAACUCCACCGCCACCUCUUCAGACGAUGGCAAUCCUUCCACAUCGACAUCCGCCAAUAACGCAAGCACUGCUUCUAAUAUCAGUGGAGGCGACAUGAGCUCUAAAAGCGACGUCACCUUUUCCGACGACGGUGUGGCCAGCCACAGCACUAGCCCCGCCCCAAGGGACUUCGAUCUGAAUUUGCCUGUAAUGGCAGAGUUCCAAUUAGCACUAGCCACACCCCAUUGCAUCAGUACCAUCACUUGGGAGCUCUACUGUAAAAAAAAGCAUCAAUCGAAGAUCUGA